AUGAAGCCUCGCCGCGCCUGGCCGUCGUCGUGGCGACUCACCGUCGCCCUCGCAGCAUCGCGACUCCCCCUCGCCAGCGCCGCCCCUUUCCUCCCUCUCCAACGACCAUUUCAAAGACCAGUGGCGGCAGUGAUUCUAGGUUUUGGCGACAAGCCCAUGAUCGUGGUGAACUACAAGGGAAAGAAAAAGCAAUUCUCCGCUGAGGAAAUCUCCUUCAUGGUUCUCAUGAAGAUGAAGGAGAUUGCAGAAGCUUACUUAGGCUCCACCAUCAAGAAUGUCGUGGUCACUGUCCUUGCUUACUUCAAUGACUCCCAACGUCAAGCUACAAAAGAUGUCGACAUCAUCUCUGGCCUCAAUGUCAUGCAUAUCAUCAAUGAGCCUACUGCUGCUGCCAUUGCUUAUGGCCUCGACAAGAAAGCUGGAAGCAGCAGCGAGAAGAAUGUUUUAAUCUGGUGUUGUAGUGGGUUCAGAUUAAAGAGUGGUGUGGUAGUGGUGAUGACUGAUGAUGCAGGGGAUUAG